GGCUCGUUUAUUUUGCGUGGGCUCACCCCUCCCGCACUUCUGACUCCACCAAGUGGGCGGGGCUCCUGCGGGGCAGGAGUCACAUGAUUCGCGCAGAGCCAGGCUGACCAAUUCCAAUAUGGUGGCCAGCUUGGCAGGUCUACGGUUCCUGUUGAUGAUAUUGUUGUUGUGCGGGAUCAGGUACGGCGCCUGCAGCCAGGAAGCUCCGCUGGUCCUGGGGCUGCGACUGGAAGAGCCGGCGGGUCUGGUGUGCAUGAAGGACCGGAUCAUCUCGGCGCCAGAAGGAGCCACGUUCAAGCUCCGUCUCUACGGGGAAGAACUGAAUGGAAGCUGGCCGUGGGUGGCGUUCGCAGGGGCAGCGGUUGGAGCGGCCGGGGCGGUCGGAGAUGCCACCGACCCGUGCGGACACGAGUCCAGUCGCCUGGAGUCCGCUUUCCAGGUGACGGGGAAGUUCAUUCCGGACGAGAAUUACAGCGGGCUGGUGACGGUGGAAGUCCAGCGAAGGAGCAUCUCUGCGGGAGCAGCUGGCGUCGAGCAGAUGUACCACCACCUGUGCGUGCUCAACGGAGGGAAGUGGGCAUCCGUGGGCCCGGACAGACUGCGGGUAAACACCGACAAGGGUCAACCGGCAGACUACAUCCCGCCGUGGGGUCUGGCCGUGCUAAUAGUGCUGCUGCUGCUGGUGUGCGCGCUGCUGAGGACAGUGAACCUGAGCCUGUUGUGGCUGGACCCCGUGGAGCUCUAUGUUCUCCACAGCUGCGGCUCUGAGGAGGAGAAACGGGCCGCCAAGCGACUGGAGCCAAUCAGGAGGAGGGGAAACUUUCUGGCGUGCUCUCUGCUCUUCCUGUGUGCUCUGGGACACUCGGUGCUGGGCGUCCUCCUGUACCGGGCCUUGGGCUCUAUAGUCUCCGCAGUCUUCACCAGUGGCUUCCUCAUCUUCUUCCUGGCCGAGCUGUGCCCUCACAUCGUGUGCUCCGGUUAUGGCUUCCAGCUGGCCCCGGGUCUGACCUGGCUGGCCCAGGUUUGUAUGGUGCUCACCUGCCCCCUGUCCUGUCCCCUGGGCCUGAUCUUGGACCUGGCACUGAGGAGGGACAUCAGCACCUGUGGAAUAAGGGAGAGGGCCAUGGAGAUGAUCCGCUCCAGUGUCAAUGACCCGUACAGCGAGUUUGUGAAGGAGGAGUUCAGCCGUGGGAUGCUGCGCAUCAAGACGGUGGAGGACAUCCUGACCCCUCUGAAGGACUGCUUCAUGCUGCCCAGCUCGGCCGUCCUCGACUUCUCCACCAUGUCUGAGGUCAUGCAGAGCGGCUACACCAGGGUGCCCAUCUAUGAGGAGGAGAGGUCCAACAUUGUGGAAAUCCUGUAUGUGAAGGACUUGGCCCUGGUGGAUCCAGAGGACUGUACCCCCAUGACCACCAUCACCAAGUUCUACAAUCACCCACUGCACUAUGUCUUCAAUGACACCAAACUGGAUGCCAUGCUGGAGGAGUUCAAGAAAGGCAACUCUCACAUGGCCAUUGUCCAGAAAGUGAACAAUGAGGGGGAGGGAGAUCCGUUCUACGAGGUGCUGGGGUUGGUCACCUUAGAGGACGUCAUCGAGGAGAUCAUCAAAUCAGAGAUCCUGGAUGAAUCUGACGGCUACUUGGACAGGAAGGUGAAGCGCCCCCUCGCUCAGCUGGAGAUUCCUCUGGAGCCUCGCAGUGCCCACGAGGAGUUUUCUCUCUUCAAGCCUCCUGAAGGAGAACCCAAGAUCCGCACAUCGCCACAGCUGCUGCUGGCCACGCAUCGCUUCCUGUCCAGAGAGGUGGAGCACUUCAGCCCCGGCCGUGUGUCCGAGAAGGUCCUCUUUCACCUGCUGCGUCACCCCAGUGUCAACCAGGAAGUGCAUUUUGACCCCGGCAACAGACUGAGCGCGAGCCACUAUCUGUACACACGCAACCACCCGGUGGACUAUUUCAUCCUGCUGCUGCAGGGUCGCGUGGAGGUGGAGAUUGGAAAAGAAGGGCUGAAGUUUGAGAACGGCGCGUUCACGUACUACGGCGUCUCUGCUCUAACACUGCCAUCGUCAGUGCACCAGUCUCCAGUGUCAACUCAGCGUCACUCUUCCAGGGAUCCAUUUGAGGCAGCGGACGCCACCAGCCCGUCCAGCUACUGCCCCGACUACACCGUGCGAGCUCUCACUGACCUGCAGCUCAUUCGGGUGACGCGUCUCCAGUAUUUGAACGCUCUGAUGGCGUCGCGCGUGGGCCAGAGUCCAGAUCCUCCCGAGAUUAAGAUCCUGCCCAGCAGUCAGACAAAGCUGCUCAACGACAGAAACACCACACAAGUUUGUCCAGAGUUUCCUGUAAACUUUUCAUUCUUUGAUACCAUUGAGAACUACUGUUAGUUUUCUUUCUUGUGCAUGAGGUGGCAGUAGAGCCCAGGAAAGCUCCACUGAAGACGAGGCUCAUGGGUAGUGUGGUUCUGUCUGCCUGCUGUAAAAAGAGAUAAGAAAGAAUUUUGUUGUUGUUGUUUGUUUUUUUAAUAUAUUGUAUAUUGUUAAAUCAUCUAUGGCUGGAACGUAGUGAUUGGACAUAACUGCAGUGAUUAUAUGUUCGUACACUGCACGUGCUUCUCAUCUCCUCCGCCAUUCCUUUAUGAGCUUACACACACACAUGCACACAUACACACACUUUAUUUUAAUUUGGCGGUGCCCUUUCUUUGAGGUUUAGUGUUUCAUACAAAUUAGCAUCUUUACUUUUCUGUGUGCCAAAGCUACAUGUGUUUAUUUGUGGUGUGUGUGCGUGUGUGUGUGUGUGUGUGUGUGAGAGAGAGAGAACGACCGUUUGCUCUCUUAAGCUCAUCAAAAGCAGAAUUGCACAUUAAAUUUGUGCACCGUCGAUUAAUCUAAACUGUGGAUUAGUCACAGAAACUUCUCUUUUAACUAUUUCUGUUAGUUUUAAAAGCAAAGCACCAAGAUUUUUGUGCAUUUGCCAGUUUUUUUUGUAUAUAUAUUAUGUAUUAAUUGAAAUUGGGGGAAAAAAAUACAAUUGAAGAUGAAACAGAGAAACUUUUUUUAAACCUUUUCAUAGAUCCGAUGAUUAAUAGAGAAGAGAAUCUGCAGGAAAACUAAUAUGCUUUUUUAUUAGAGUCGGCUUUAUUAGUUUUAUAAUACAUGUACAAGUUUUAUGGUUUAGAAUUCCAGCAUACAUCUCUGGAGCUGCAUAUAGGACUAUAUAGUAUAGCAUAGUGCUAGUAUCCAAAAGUAGAAAAAUAAAACAUGAAUACCACUGUAGUUGCAGGAAAAAGAAAAGAAUAAUAUUGAUAAUCAACUCAUCAUGUGCCAUUUUAUUUUAAUAGAAACCCAGUAUUUACAAAUGGACUUCUCCUUAUUUCCCUUCAAACACUCAGCUGUUACACACUCCCUCGUCUUUUCUGUUUGAAGUAUUUCACUGACACUGACUCUGUGGUCCAGCAGGGGGUGCUGCAGUGGCAUUUUUACCAUCUCACGGAACCUAAAAACACAUGUUAAACAUCCCACUGUUUGAUGAUGACCCGAGACUUGAUUAUUCACAUUAUAGCACCUUGUUUUUUUAUUUUUUAUCCCAUAUCAUAGACUUGUGUUAACAUUCCAGUAUAUGUUCACAUCUGAGUGUGUGUGUGAGUGUGCUUGUAUUUGUAUCUUUAUGAGGUUUUUCAGGGUUGAGACCUGGUUUUAGGGUUAGAAUUGGGUUUAGGUUUGUGUUAGGGUAAGGGUUAGACACUUAAGCCCCGUUUCCACCCAUGGUCCUAGCUCAACUCGCCUCGGCACGGCACGGUUUAGGUUGUGUUUCUAUCACUAAUGGAAACACAAAAUAACCGUGCCGUGGCGAGGCGAGUCGCACUAGUGGAAACACGGCAAUAGUUGUGAUGGUUAAGGUUAGGAUAAGGGCCUAGGGAAUGCAUUAUGUCAGUGAUGUGUCCUCACUCAGAUAUAAAAACAAGUUUGUGUGUGUGUGUGAGUGACAAGAACAGUAUAUCCAGUCAUCAUUACUUCCAUUUCUCAUGUUAAUGUAUUUGUUUGCCUGACGUGCAUGUUGAGCUCUCGUCCUCCGAGUCACUGUUACAUGUAAACAUGUGUAACGUGUCAUAAAUGGCCUCUGACCUUUCCUGUGUAUGUAUAUGAAUAGUAAUAUAUUAAUUCAAAAAAAGGAGGAGAACAGUGAGGCCGACUCUGAGUGACGAGUUCAGUGUAGGGAUGCACGAUAUUGGGCUUUUUGCCCUGAUACCCAUGUGUGUAUAUACAUACAUUUUUUUCCCCUUCACCCAACUGCAGAAUUUAUUUAGUCUCUUCUGUAGUGAAAUAAUAAACAUAAUAUUUUUGUACUCAUCUCGCAGCAGAUGUAUAUAUACAUUUUCCUCAUUGUACAAAAAUAAAUCAAUAUAAAAAAAGAAUAGUUUGGGAGGCCACCAUCAUGGUGUGGUACAGUACGGUUUGGAAUGAUAAAGUCUUACUAAGUAGGCAGAGUGUGGGCGGAGCCUCAUGGCCACGUAGCGUGACAUACCGGUGCAGCGACAUCAAACGCGACACAACAGAGGACAUUUUGCGGGCGCUGGAGAAACCCCAGUUGUGGGUGGAGCCAGUGUAGCUCCAUCUGGACCGUACCAUUUUACUCUGGUAACCCAAGGGAAGAGUGCCAAAGAAUAUGGUUAUUUAACCGUACCAAACCAUGCAGUUCCACACGGUGGAAACACGGCUGUAGUCAAAUCACAGGAUCUUGUCAAUGAUACAUUUUACCGAUAUUGUGCCGAUCGUAUCGUGCGUCCCUACUUACGUGUACAGUUUUUAGGGUUUUCCACAUGUACUCUGAUAUGGAGCAACUGUAACAAAACAAUUUCCCCUGGGAUAAUAAAAGUAUUCUGAUUCUGAUACGUCAAUAAAACACUCACAGGUCAUGACUCUUGAGCGAAUGACACUCAACGAUGGACUAUCAAAAUAAAGUGUUACUGAAAUGUAUUCUCUGUUUUAUCAGAGAACCCUGGGGCUGUUCAGAAGUCACAUCACCUCCUGUUUUGUCUUUUUCCAUUUUGAUUCCACGUGUUUGCCACUAGAGCAUUUGGCCAAAUAUCUAAUUUGUUUUUCUAUGAUUUUUGAUGACAUGCUAUUUUUCAGCUAUUUUACAUGCAUUGCUUUGUUGUCAUAAGUUAAUUUCUCCUGUGUUCAAAAGAGGAAAGACUGAAUGUAUAAAUGAUAAUCAAUACUCUGAUGGAGGGAGGUUGUUUUGUUUUUUCGGGUGCUGGAGGGGAGGGGAGGUUGAUGACGUGGUACAUGACUGCUCGGAUAGAACAUGAUUGGGAUGUCGGCUGUUGCGCAGUCUUCAGGUGCAACAGCCGCAGUCUUUUUGUCUGGGUCACGUUCGUGUGGAAUUCCUCUUGUUUUGGGGGUUGUUACCAGUUGUGGGUGCAUUAACUCCACUGCAUUUAACACUUCAACAAGUUUCUUAGGAAAUAAAAUGAAGUCCUGUUCCAAAUGUG